CAAGAGACUUUUGAUCUUCCCAGACAGUGACUAGACCCCCCUCCCCUGGGCUGAGCCCUUUUCUACAGCCAGGAGCCAAUGGCCGAGGACAGAGCCAAAUCCUGUGAGCUGGACCAAGAGAAAUACGAUGCUGAUGACAACGUGAAGAUCAUCUGCCUGGGGGACAGUGCUGUGGGCAAGUCCAAACUUAUGGAGAGAUUUCUCAUGGAUGGAUUUCAGCCACAGCAGCUAUCCACGUACGCCCUGACCCUGUACAAGCACACGGCCACGGUGGACGGCAAGACCAUCCUUGUAGACUUUUGGGACACAGCAGGCCAGGAGCGGUUCCAGAGCAUGCACGCCUCCUACUACCACAAGGCCCAUGCCUGCAUCAUGGUGUUUGAUGUACAGAGGAAAGUCACCUACAAGAACCUAAGCACCUGGUAUACGGAGCUUCGGGAGUUCAGGCCAGAGAUCCCAUGCAUCGUGGUGGCCAAUAAAAUCGAUGCAGACAUAAAGAUGACCCAAAAAAGCUUCAAUUUUGCCAAGAAGUUCUCUCUGCCCCUGUACUUUGUCUCGGCUGCCGAUGGUACCAACGUUGUGAAGCUCUUCAAUGAUGCAAUUCGAUUAGCUGUGUCUUACAAACAGAACUCCCGGGACUUCAUGGACGAGGUUUUGCAGGAGCUUGAGAACUUUGACUUGGAGCAGAAGGAGGAGACUAUGCCGGAGCAAGAGCAGCGUGGCAGCAUCGAGAGCCCAUCUCCCUCCUGAGUCAGAAGGAGGCCUCUCUCCAUGGCCAACUUGUUGGGGACAGGGAUGGGGUCAGCACCAGCAAGCACUCUCAACAGGUGUUAGGAGGUCCAUACCACACUCUGAAGCAGAAUUAGGAAUCAGCAUCAUAACCCUUGCCCCAGGAUCGGACAGUGAAGAGAAUCAGGGAACAUGCUUUGUGUCUCUCUUAAAUAAAAGGAAAUUUAGGUGGUGUUUUUUUUUCC